AUGUUUGCAGCAGACACCUGGCAGUACUUCGGUCAUCAUUUGCCGCACACCGACAAAUGGGUCUACAAAAAUAUCCAUUCCAUACAUCACCGUCUUUACCUCUCUUACUCAUAUGGCGCAGCCUUCAUGCAUCCCUCGAGGGCCGAUUCCUGGACAGCAUUGGAACAACCAUCGCCUUUGGCGUCGAAGAGUAAGAACGAAGUUCUUGGGAGGGGUCCGGGAGGCACGAUCGAUGGGACAUUACCAUCAUAA